GCGAAGUAGAAGGUAGCAAAUUUUGGUUUCCUAAUAAAAAAGACCAGAUAGUUUCGCAUUUUAAAAAGUGUGCCUAUUUUUUCACUGAAACCACACCUGAAGAACGAGAAAAGAUAUUUAAUCUAGUUAAGGUUCUUUCAAAAG